GACACUGGCACCAUGCGAGAUAGAGAAUCCUCUGGGAGCAUCUGGAACAAGAAAUUGAAGACUUCUCUUCAGUGACUUUAAAGCAACAAUAGAAAUGACUGGAGCUGCCGUGUCCGUGUGCCUACUUUUUCUCAUGUCUCUAUGUUCAGCGUGUUACAUCUCAAACUGUCCUAUUGGCGGGAAGAGGUCCAUCAUGGACGCACCGCAGCGAAAGUGCAUGUCCUGUGGCCCCGGAGACAGGGGCCGCUGCUUCGGCCCCAGCAUCUGCUGCGGGGAGGGCCUGGGCUGCCUGAUGGGCUCCCCAGAGACGGCUCACUGCAUGGAGGAGAACUACCUGCUCACCCCCUGCCAGGCAGGAGGGAGACCCUGUGGAUCGGAGGGAGGACGCUGUGCCGCUUCAGGACUCUGCUGCGAUGCAGAGAGUUGUACCGCAGAUCAAUCCUGCCUCAUCGAGGAGGAGGGAGAUUACCAAACUGGCCAAUUCGAAGGCAGCGACCCCGGUGACAUCAUCCUCAGGCUCCUGCAUCUGGCCAGUCACACGUCACCUCAUCAAAUCCACCAGUGACCUGUCUCCGACUCCAACGUCUAAUGGAAAACUAGUGGAAGAAGUAGUUAAUAUACUUGUAUGUCUACAUGGAUGUUUCGUCAUCAUCACUCUGAAUUUGCUCUUUCUGUACGUGUUUCUGUCAAUAUAUAUUUUCUGUAGGAAAAUAGGGAUGAAUACGGACAGUGGUCAUCCAGUUAUGUGCAUGUUGAAAUAAAGUUUUGAGAGAGUAAA